GUUCAGUUAAGCGGUCUACUUGAUUUCAAACUCGCAAUUUCUUCUUUUAAAAAAAAGCUAAAAAAAAAUUAAGUGCAGUUCCAAUUUUUGUUUUUAAGUAAUUUUGAAAUGAAUGUAAUCAGUUAUUUCGUAAUACUGCUAAUAAACUUCCUGAUGCGAGAAUCCGACUCCUAUCGAAUACUGGGUGUCUUUCCUCUGGCAUAUCGAAGCCACAACAUCUUUUUUGAUGCCCUAAUGAAAGGUUUGGCAAAAAAAGGGCAUCAAGUUGACGUCAUCAGUCACUAUGAAUCCAAAAAUUAUAAAACGGUUCUCAAUUUGUCCAAAGUGGACUUUCUUUUCCCCGGGAUAGAAUUUGAUACAAUUAGGGCAGCACAGGAAUUUGUCGCAGAUACAGUAGAAGCUCUCGCCGGCUCUUAUGCAACUCACAUGUGUGAACUCCUUGGUCACGAGAAAAUGCAAGAUUUUAUUCGAAAUAUUCCAAAAGAUUCACCCUACGACGUCAUCAUUUUAGAGGGCUGGAUUUUGAAUUGCUACAUUGGUCUAGGACACAUUCUUAAUGUUCCGAUAAUAACUGCCACUCCUAGUCUAGAAUUUCCAUGGAUCAGUAGACAAAUUGGAAAUCCUCUAUCAACAGCUUUUUAUCCAAAUAUUCUUCGGAUCAAAAAAGUCCAAACAUUUUGGGAUCGUUUACAAAAUACUGUGCAAGCUCAUAAUACUAUACAAAGAUUUUUCACCUUUUCUGAGGAAUCUCAAACUGAAGCCAUGAGGAAGUUUUUGUCUCCUGAUAUGCCAAAUAUUAGAGAAGUUGAGAAAACGGUAGCUUUAAGUUUGGUGAAUACACAUCACACACUUCAAGGAGCUAGACCAACCACACCAGCUUUUAUUGAAGUGGCAGGUUUGCAUAUAGAGGAAGACAAAUCCAACUUCACCAAAGGAUUGAAGCGAUGGAUGGAUGAAAGUGAGAACGGCGUCAUCUACAUUUCAUUUGGAACUUUAGUGCCUAUCGAAUCACUUUCGAGAACACAACUCUUAGAAAUGUAUAAUUCAUUUUCAAAAAUUGCACCCACUAGAAUAUUAAUAAAAGCAAUGGAAGGAAAAACCUUUCCACCUGGGCUUCCAAAAAAUGUCAAGACUAUGACUUGGAUUCCACAAAUACCUGUUCUAAGUCAUAAUAACACUCGAGGCUUUAUGACUCACGGAGGUGUCCAUAGUAUUCAGGAAGCCGUUUAUUAUGCUGUUCCUGUGAUUGGAAUUCCAUUGUUUUAUGAUCAACGACAAAACGUGGAAAUACUCGUCAAUAAAAAAAUGGCUGUUCAAUUAAACCUGGAUAAAUUCACAGAAAAGUCUUUGGAUGAGGCAUUUAGAACGAUAUUGAAAGAUCCUGAGUACAGAGAAGCUGCUAUAUAUCAUUCACGCCUCUUUCAAGAUAGGCCACUGAGUCCAAUGGAAACGGCUAUCUUCUGGAUAGAAUAUGUGAUAAGAAAUGGAGCCGAGCCUUUGAGAUCACCCGCUUUGAAUCUCUAUUGGUGGCAAAUUGAACUUUUGGAUGUUUAUGGUUUUUUGUUAUUUUGUCUGAUUUUAGUAUUUUAUAUAAUUUCAAUUGUCUUUCGAAACACUUAUAAAAUAUUUCUUAGAAAGGACGUUAGGCUACAAAUAAAGAAAAAUUUAUAG